AUGGAACUUGGAGAUGAAAGUGGAGCAGAGGAAAAAGAGAAGGAGUUGCUGAGUUCUGGGCGUCACCACAUGCUGCCUCUUCUGUCCUCCCUGUCCUCUCUGGUCCUGUACCUCCGUCGGCUCCAGCACUCGGCCUUCCUGUCUCUGUCUCGGCAGCUGCAGUCUGCGGAGGCCUGGCGCCUCCUCUGCCACUCCAGCUUGGCGCUCCUCAUCCUGUACAACCGCAGGCGUGAGUGUGAGGUCUCCAAGCUGUCCAUAGCUGAAUACCGCUCUCGUGUGACCCCUCAGUGCCCAGUUCCUGUCUCGCCCGGUGCUCCUACUGCUCUCACACCACUGGAGGCCUCCCUCUCCCCCUUUGAGCGAAUGGUGCUUCCUCACCUCCCCAGAGUCGGUGUGCAGGGGAAACGUGGCCGCAUCCAGCCCCUCAUCCUUCCUCCUCACUGCGAGCCCUGUCUGGAGCUCCUUCUGCAGACAAGAGAGGACGUAGGGGUUGACCCAGCCAACCCGUACAUUUUUGCCCGGCCCUACCACUCUCCUGCCACUCCUCUGCGUGGCACCGACCUCCUCCGCAGCCUCGCCCGUUCCAGCGGUACUCGAAACCCCCGCGCCCUGACGCAGACCAGGGUUCGCCGUCAGGUGGCGAUCCUGACACAGCUCCUGCUCCUGGGAGAAGGAGAGGAGCCUGGACAGCUGGGAGGAAGCGCUGUGGAGAGGCUGGAGCACUUCCUGGAGAGGGAGUACCAUGUGACUCAGGACUGUGCCACGAUAGGUCAAGACCCAGGCCUGAUGGGUCGUGUCGGCCGAGUCGUCCUGUGUGGAGAGAGAGACGGAGUUCUGUUCAGAGGGAUGAGCCUGAACCACAUCUGUCUGGAGCUGGACGUUAUGUCAGGAAACUCUGCCGACUCGUACUCGGAGGGAGAGUCUGACAGGGAGCACGUGAAGGAGGAGUCCAUGGCGCCCGCUUCAACGCCCACUCUGAGCGCUCCGCCUACGCUGCUGUAUGUCAGGAAAGGCAAGAACAACGGGCGAGUGGGGCGGCCUAAGAAGAUCAAGACGGUCCAGUCUCCACCUCCCCCUUCUCCUCCCCCUCCACCACUGAUGCCUGCAAACCGAAGGAGAGGAUCAGGAAAGCGAGGUGUCCUAAAGCGUCCCUGGUCGGAGGCGGAGCGUGCAGCGGUAGAGGAGCACCUGACUCAGAACAUUAACGAGCUGCGGGUUCCCGCCAAGGCGGACUGUGAGCGCUGCCUGCAGCAGUGCCCUCUGCUGGUCAACAACCACCGUGACUGGAGGGCCGUCAAGUUCUACUGCCACAACCGCAUUCAGCUGCUGAAGAAGAACCAGCGCCGGGACAGCCAGCCUCAGCCUCUUACUGUCUGCUGA